UCUAGGGGGUCCCACGACAGGCACAAAUGGGGACACAAGUUUAUUUAGCAAUGGUGGUAAUUCCUAGAGAACCUCUAUCCCUUCCAGAAUCAGGGCCAUGUAUUGAUAUCACGUCUCAACAAGCACAAGAGCGAAUUCUAGCAUUCUCUAGUCAAUUAAACUUAAUCUAUGGCAAGCAGUCAAUCAAGAUGAAAGAAUAAUGAGAUCAUCAAAACAUCGCCAAGAAAUUAAGAAUAUAUUUUUCAUUUCACUCCAAGAAAAAGGGACAUGGUUCAAUUAUCUCACAUGGAUUUUAUGAAUCACAACUCAUCUUAACAUGCUCAUAUUCUGUACCAAGGUCAUGCAAUCCAUAUCCACUACAAGUGCAUACAUUUUUCAUAUAUCUCAAUUAACCAAAGAAUACCAUGUUAAAAUCAUCUCAAUGUUGUGAUCCUCUUUUAGUCAUGAUUUCAGAGAUAUAGAAUCAUCCCAGACAGUUGAAAGGCAUCCUAAGACUCAAAACAAAACAAAAACAAGAACAACACAUAAAGUGAUGCAACAUACAAGAAAAAAAACGUUUUGGACUUAGGGAUAUUUCUCUUCUCCUUUCGGUAACUCCUUUGGAACAUGACCAGGUGAAGAGAGGAACGAUUUUGGCGGAGCUCAGCUCACUUGAUUUACAGGGGACGAGACCCUUUGUCAGCACUUCUCAUAUCCAAACUAGACCUUUAGACAUCACAUCCCAUUGGAUGCGCCUACGAUGAAGAAGAUAUUUACCCAAAAUUCAUUUUGACUCUAACAACAAACAAACAAAACAAACAAACUAAAGAACAAAGAUAAACAAAAACCAAAACAUGAAUAUAAAACCUAAAACAAAGUUAACGAUUUUUAUUUUUAUUUUUUUAUUAUUUUUUUUUUAAUUUAAUUUUUUUAAUUUUCUGAUUUUUCUGAUUUUUUAUUUUGUUUUCUUUUUAUGACAAAAACUAACUACAAGCAUUAAUCCUUCCCCCCACACUUAAAUCAUACAUUGUCCUCAAUGUUAAACAAGUUAGAGCAUGCAAUGAACAAUUAUCAUGUGAAUGGAAUGAUUAACUCAAGAAAACCUAAAAACAAAAACUAAAAACGCAAAUAACAAAGAUACAAUCAGAAAAUAGUAAUAGAGGAGAUAGAGUUUAAGAGAGCAAAUCUGCGUUGAUGGCUCCUCCACAGCUACUGUUGAAAUGGGUUGCCUCCCAUGCAGCGCUUAAUGUUUAAAGUCUUUCAGCCUAGACUUGUACCUCCAUUUACUCCUUUGGAGGAGCGGUAUGCGGGCGAGUGGCAGCCUUCUUGCUGGUUUCAGCCUUCGGAGGAGGGUUCUGAUGGAGUGACAUAAAUAAAAAAAAAAAUAAAAAAAAAAAAGCGGGGGAGGCAAGGUUCGAAACCUUAACCUGCUGCACGAAACCUUUGUCCCCAACCACUGGAGCACAAGCUAUGCUUAAUAUAAUGUGUACAAAUUUUAUACUUAUUAUGUCAUAAACGAACACAAUAAAAAUAAACGAGAGGCGAGGUUCGAACCUCAGACCUCUUGUACACAAACUUUACACUCAACCACUCGAGCACGGCUGCUCACGUUAUUAUCCAUACCAAUCCUUUUAUUUAAACCAACUGUUUCAACUGUUUCAACAAUUCGGCACAAAACAUCCAAGACUGUUGCAGAAACCCAGCCCAACGUAUCCAAAACUGUUACAGAAAUCCGGCCCAACUCAUCCAAAACUGUUUCAGAAACUCGGCCCAUCAUGUCCAAAACUGUUUCUGAAACUCGGCCCAUCAGGCCUCCACCCACAGCUACAGUGAUGCCUUGAUCCGAGACAGGCCCAAGUACGGCCCACUUGUGUCACGGCUUAUCCCUUCCGUGAUUUACGGCAGUCAAAUCUGCUUUCGGCUACAGCUGUCUGCCACAGCGCCUCGAGAUUCCCUCGGUCCCCUUACACGCUCUCCACGCGCCAACAACUUUUCCGGGUUUCAGGGCGACUUUAAUCCAACGCGUAGAAUGAAUCACAGGAAUCGUCCAUCCAACGGUGGAGAUCUGCUCACCUCGCUCUAUAAAUAGGUGCAUUCUGAGGGCGCAACUGUUCACUCCAAAUGAACGAAAAUCUCUCCUGAGUUCCAGCCCCUCUCUCCCAACUCUUCAGCUUUCCUCUUCUUUCAAAACUCAAAAUAUUUCUUCUUCGAUUCAAUCCUUCUCUUCUGAUCUUCUCUCCCAUCUAGUUGAUUCAAUCCCAUCUUUCCUCUGAACUUUCAGAUCUCCAACACACCAUCAUCAUCCUUAAUCCCUUUAACAACAACUCCUUCAAACACUUGACAACUUUACUCUUCGAUCUUCACAUCCCCUCAACCCAUCACCAUGGAACCACGAACUCUGCAACUGAUGGAGCUACAAACCCCGCAACAAAUCGAGGAUGGAGGAAACAACCAAACAGCCGGGAGUAGUGCCAACACAGAUUUCUGGCGAAGCCGUGCCAGGUGGGUUCCUACUCCAGAUCAAAUAAGGAUCCUCAAGGAUCUUUACUACGACAAGGGAGUUAAGUGCCCAACUACAGAGCACAUUCACGAGAUCUGUCUCCAGCUGAACCAGUAUGGACAUGUUGAGGGCAAGAACAUUUAUUUUUGGUUCCAGAAUGUCAGGGCUCGAGAGAAGCAGAUGAAGAGGUGCAAUCAGGCUGCUCAAGUGCCCAUGGGAACUAGUUCUCCUGGUACUGGUGGAUCCAUUGAUCUCAAUUUUGGGUCCACUGGUUCUACUGGUGCUGGUGGAUCCAUCGACAUCAAUUUUGGGCCAGCUGGUGGAUCCAUUGACAUCAAUUUUGGGUCCACUAGUUCUACUGAUGAUGGUAGAUCCAUUAAUCUCAAUUUUGGUUCCACCGAUUCUACUGGAGGACAAACAUCCCUGCAACAACGAGGAGGAGAUCACCAGGAGAUUGAAACCCUUCCAUUGUUCCCCAUGCCUGGUGAGGACCUCUUUGGCAACAUGAAGACUACUUCCGAGGGAGGUAGCGGUUAUGGCGGUGGCUCUCGCAUUUCCCUUGAGCUCAGUCUCAACUCCUCCGGAGCUGCUGAUUUGGCAUAGUACAGUGUAUUAU